UGGAACGGUAAUGCCAACUCCCAGCAACAACGGAGCAGUGAUCGCCAGGGCCAGCAACAAUGGAACGGUAAUGCCGGCGGCCAGCAACACCAGAACGUUCAUUCCAGAGGCCAGCGUCAACAAAGCGUUGAUGCAGGGGGCCGGCAACAACAGAACGUUAAUGCCGGGGCUGGUCCAGUGACAACACAACGUUGAUGCCGGCUGCCAGCGAUAACAGGACAUGCGAGCCUGUGGCGCUGAAUAAGUAUCGGUUGCCCGAGUCACGCGGUGAGCGAUCGGCACGCGCGGUCGAUCGGCCGCAGAGAGGUGAUCCAUCGCGCGGUUUGCAUGACCGCGUGACCCGAGACUGUGAUAAAAAGCUUACAUGUGAUAGCGCGUCUGGGACGCUCGACAACCCGACAGUAUCGGUAAAGAGCGACCCGGUGUGCCGUGAUGGGAAGAGACAGGGCAGCGACUACAGGAAGCAGGGUGGUCGUCAGGAUGGCCCGCAGGAGAGGGCGUGGGACAGAAGAAAUCGCUCGAGAGCCGCGUCAGACUCGAGUCUCCAGGCCUUCCAGCCGUUGAUGGACACGGAUCCCAGGUGUAAGUUCUACCUGCCGGCGGAGGAUGACGGCGUCACACUGCGGCAUCUUGAGCAGCAGAUCGCCGUUACGCAGCGCUGCCUCCGCCGCUCAUCCUUCUCCAUGGAGGCCAGCGCCAUCUGCCACGUCUCCGACGUCAGCUCCGACGUCGCCAGGCAGCAGCGCGCUGCGACCUCCGGCGAUGUUGUGGCGCGGGGCGUGGGCCGCGGCGCGACGGCGGUGGUGGAGGAGGGCGUGGCUCGAAGCGUCGAGGGCGUGGCUCGAAGCGUCGACGGCGGCGCGGCGACGGCGACCUCUGGCGAAGUGGCGCGGGGCGUGGACCGCGCCGCGGCGUCGACCUUCGGCGACCUCCGGGGAUUCAGCUACAACGAGUGCCUCGCCGAGGGCCUUGACACGUCGCUGUCAUCGCUCUCGCAGUUCAGCGACAUGUCUGAGCGAAGCUUCGACGCUGACGCCGACUCACUGACGGCCUUUCGCUCGCAGCACUGCUCGACGCCCGACUUCCGCCUCCUGCUGGAGAACAGCGCUGCCGCGGUGGCGCCCUCGCAGCGCGGCGGCAGCGGGGAGAGGACGACGUCGUCGUCGAGUCUCUCGUCGAGUUUCAGCCGGCUGGACGGCUCGCUGCUCGACUCUGAGCUCGCGGCGUGUGCGUUCUCGUCGCGCGUGCCACGCAGCCCGACAGACGCCCGCGCAGGCUUCCCCCCGCCCGUCGCCGCCGCCCCCGCCGACUCCUCCUCCCGCAGCGCGAAGAGUCUCUCUGGCUCUCUGUGGCGAUGCGAUAAGGAGAAGGAAAAGGCAGGAGAGGUUGGCAUCGGAUUACGAGGAUCAGCUAAGAGGAUACCGACAGAUGCGGAGAGACUGAGCUAUCGUCGAUCCCUCGACAGUGCUGCUAGCAUGAUUUUCCAUCAAAGGACUGGCUUACCAUCUUCCAGUAGUCCUGCUCCACUCAGGAGAGGCAACAGCAGCUUUGAAUUUGACCCAACACUUACUAAAGUGUGUAACAUCAAAUAUGCACUCUCCUGCUCCAAGUUGGACAGUAAGAAUGAUGACGUCAGUCUACCAGGUAGUGGUAAGGUUCUGAGUACCAGUGCCCCUGCCUCGUCAAGCUCCAGUCUACUCGGAAAUUUUGAGGAGGUCGUGCUAAAUGGCAGGCUGGAACCUGUUGGAACUGUAGAGGGAUUCAGUGCAGAAAUAGGUGCAGCCGGUGUGUUCUGGCCAACCCACAUCACAACUGCCUAUCACACUUUCUUCUAUCACGUGUCUGAAGACGAGCCCUCGCCUUUCCUGGGUCAUGUAAAUCUAGGCAAAAAAGGAUACAGGGUUCCUAGCAAAGGCACAGUGCAAGUGACGCUCUUCAAUCCAAACCAGACUGUGGUUGAAGAUGUUUGUGGUGAUGUAUUGACCUCGCGUGACAUGCCUCCAACUGUCAAACGAUCAGUUACGCCACGUAGUCGCGGCUUUUAUCUCGCCUUUGAACUGCUCAUCCUACAAUGUUUAGGUGACAUUAUCGUGUACGGUAAUUGUGUGUGCUCGCUCGAGCACUGGUACGCAUUCGAGCAGAGCCUGAAUCACAGGUUUGCAAGUUCCAAGUCGGGCAAGGUGUACCUGCACACCGACAUCCGCAUGCUCUUCUCACGUUCAGCCGACCUCGACACCAGUGUCGCCACCUACGAACUGCGAUCCUUCACGGAGGUUCCCGUGAAUCCACGUUUCUCCCCGCGCAAGUAGUCGCCGCGGUUCCGCCCCGCGACACGGCAAGCAGCGCCACCUACGAGCUGUCGUCUUUCGCGGAUGUGCCGGUCAACCCGCGCUUCUCGCCCUGCAAGUAGCCGCCACGGCGCCGGCAGUGGCGAGACACGGUUCGAGUGACAGCAAAGUUCCGCCAAAAGCACACCCCAAGUCGCACUGCGCGUAAACUGACGUGUGAACUAGAGGGGAUUGUAUUGGGGUUUUUGCCGAAUGCUCGAUAAGGGCUCACGAUAACUGCAGAAUGCAUUGCGCUGUGGGAGGUGGAUAUAGGCAGGCAGGGGAAGGGGGGUCGCACUCACUUGCGGUGAGGCGAAGCGAGGAUUCCGUUGAAUAGCCGUCGGUGUACUCUCGUAGCUGGUGCUUCGUCACCUGUGAUUUUGUGAUGGGUGUGCGUUAACUCAACAAGUCACAAGCCGCUGGGUCUAAUUAAUUUACGGCAGAGUAGAUUAAUACUAUCUCUCUAAGUGCCUACUCUAAGUACUCUUAAGUACUAUUCUCGCAAUGGAACAACAGCUUUAUGGCACUAUUAUAAUAAUAACCCACCUUAUGUCAUACCGAUUGAUAACCCUUUCCAAUCACUUUUCUUCUAGGGUUUUUUAAUGACACGUACUAUGUCAUUUAUUAGAUAUCGAUAAGCAACAUUCUGUUGAAGCUUGCUUGUGCGAUUAAACAGUGUAGAACUAACAAUAUUACCUGGUGGUGAGGUAGUUUGCGUGGUCCGGUGGUGUCUAUUAUUUAGUGUAGGGGCUUGCAUGGGUGCGUGGAGGACCAGCUAAUUGUUAUGCUGGUGGAACGCUCUCAUAUCCAGUGUCAACGUCCAGCUCAAGUUUGUGAUUUUCAGUCAAUUCUAAAGUUUAUUAAUAUUAUUAUAAUUAUUAUUAUUAUAUGUAGGAAUAGUACAAUAAUUACAAGACCAUAGAGUAGGUACGAUGCGCGCGGCUAGGGGAGCAGGUAGGCCUAAUCGUGUUGUGGUGAAAGUUUAAAAACCUAUUUUACAUAUAUAGACAUUUUUUUUAUUGAAGAUGCACGCGGCUCGGGAAAAUAAUGCUAUGAUGCUAGUUGGGUUAGCUGUACGAGUUGUUUAGCUUUUAAAAAUCUCUUUACUUGUUUCUCUGUGAGGUCCAGCGCUGCAGUAGAUCAAAUACGGCCCAACAGUAGACAGCCUCUGUGAGGGUGUCGUCAGUGUUGGAGCCCUUCCUGGGGGUUUCCUGUUAAGUUUUUUUUGUUAUGUGUGCUGCAUAACGUCUGGCACAUUUAAUUUUAAUAAUUUGACGAUAUUCAAAUGAUUUAAAGUAAAGAAUGUGAUUAGCAAUUUGUUACUCGAAACAACUUUAUUUCUUCUCUAAAGUAUCCAUUAUAAACGCAUGCUUACAAUCGACCCAACAAAAUUUGGCAAUCAAGAUUGGUAUAGUAAACGAGUUUGAAAUUGCUGGCACUGUACUGCAGAGUAAAUUUGCUAAUAUAUUAUUAUAUUAUAGUAGGCACUAAAACAUUGAGUGUUGAGUAUUGCUAUUGUGUGUAACUAUACAGAGUAGGGAGGUGAAGAGUGAAUUUGACGUGGUAGCAAUUAAGGUCUGGUGUUUUACUUGGAAUUUACUAUAAUACGUAUAGAUGUUUUUCUGUUCCCACCUAUGUCGGGAAUCUAAUGCUGAACGUACAAAAGAGAAUGUACUCAUUGCACUAAUAUUUCCUUUGCGGGAGAAGUCGGUAUAGUACACGUGCGCUGCAUCAGACACCAAUGUUUCAUUUCUAAUUAUUCUUACUAAGUAGUAUUAUUAUAAGUAGUCAUGAUUUUUGUCAGCAAGCAAUUAAACUUAUUGUCUCGUAUACGUUUGAGCUUUGAAUCUGUGCUCGAAGGAAUUUUGAAAGGGAGAGGGUCAGUAAAUAGUGAUGUAGGUAUUUUAGUUUUUCUCCGCUUCCGUUUUGGCAAUGGUAUUGUAGUAGUCCACUAAUAUAGCACCGCGUGUUGCACCGCGUUACUCUAGUAGGAAAUAGUUGGUGUUAAAGGAUUUGUGGAGUGGCCUCUUUUGUACUAAGCCAGUAACGUGCAUAUACUUGUUAGAGGGAGGAGGUAUAACUGGUAGGCAUCCAGGGUAUGCGAAUGUGAAAUGGAAAUAGAAAUGAAUCGCGUAAUAAGUUACGUACUGAUGCGGACGGCAUGUUAUGCCGAUAGUCCGAUUACAGUUUUAUGCACGUUUUAUUUUCACCCGCACAAUCCCAGGCGGCGGACAGACAUUACACGCGGCGAGUAAAGCGGAUGGACCGCUUGCAAUACAAUAUGUGAUACAUAUUGAAUGUGUUCGUUCUCACGGUAAGCUUCAACGGGCACUAACAUGUAGGGUAGCGAUCGAUCUGACUGGAGAGAUAUAUGUGCAUAAUACGCGUGAAACUAAUAGGUUCUUAUAGUACAUAUACUGUACAUAAGUCGGCUAUAGGGCAUUAUAGUUUACAGUUUCGCGGCUGCAAGUGACCUGAGCCAGAGCUGACGUUAGCUGACAUGCAGGCGUGUAUUUUUUAGAAUAGACGGCUACUUCUGCGAUGUUCCACUCUAAAUCUUCGGGAUAUCGCCUUAGCUGAAGUGUGUGCGUGUGUGUACGUGUAUGCGUGCGUGAAAGCAUCGCCCAUUGAUUUUGCACGUUUGACAAGCACAGCGUAGUAAAUUAGCCGUUUUUCGCACCAAAUAUUUUUACGUUUGGUUUAGAUCUGACAUUUAUAGUAAGUUUAAUAGAAAUAGGCCAAAAUGCUUCAAGGACCAUUAAUUCUGUGUGUAGCUGAGUAGUGAGGUGUGUGUUAUUACACAUCCUUUAUUGCUAAUAAAUACACAUUUGAUGUAAAAACAUUAA